UGCGAGCUCGAACGAGAUCUCGAUCUUCUCCGAUCUUGAAGAUGGUAUAAGUAGCCCACGGUAGGCAAACAACGCCGUCACUUUCUUCAGAAGUUUACUCCAGACAAGAUGCGUUGUUACCUGGCCCUGCCGCUCCUGCUGCUGGGCUGCAGCCUGGCUUUGGCCCAAUACCAAUACCAAGGCCCACAGCAGACGCUGUCCCAACAAUUUGCCGAUGUGGUGGAUGUGGGUGUGGAGGAUCCAGCCGGUGUGAAGGCUGUGCGCCCGGGAAAGCAGCGAAACCAGUGCACUGCUAAGCAGAAUUGCUUCUGCGGCACUCCCAAUGUCAAUCGCAUUGUGGGCGGUCAGCAGGUGCGUUCCAACAAGUAUCCGUGGACCGCACAGCUGGUCAAGGGUCGCCACUACCCGCGUCUCUUCUGCGGUGGCUCCCUAAUCAACGAUCGGUAUGUCCUGACGGCGGCCCACUGCGUCCAUGGAAACCGGGACCAGAUCACCAUUCGCCUGCUCCAGAUCGAUAGAUCCUCCCGGGACCCCGGCAUUGUGCGCAAGGUUGUCCAGACCACGAUCCAUCCCAACUACGAUCCUAACCGCAUUGUGAAUGAUGUUGCCUUGUUGAAGCUGGAGUCUCCAGUGCCACUCACAGGAAACAUGCGCCCCGUCUGCCUGCCAGAGGCCAAUCACAACUUUGAUGGAAAGACUGCUGUUGUCGCCGGCUGGGGUCUGAUCAAGGAGGGUGGCGUCACCUCCAACUACCUGCAGGAGGUGAGUGUGCCCGUGAUCAGCAAUCAGCAGUGCCGUACCACACGCUAUAAGGACAAGAUUGCCGAGGUAAUGCUUUGUGCCGGCCUGGUCCAGUCGGGCGGCAAGGAUGCCUGCCAAGGCGAUAGCGGUGGCCCACUGAUCGUCAACGAAGGUCGCUACAAGCUGGCCGGAGUCGUUUCCUUCGGCUAUGGUUGUGCCCAGAAGAAUGCUCCUGGCGUCUAUGCCAGAGUCAGCAAGUUCCUGGACUGGAUACAGAAGAACACCCUCGAUGGUUGCUAUUGCCAGAGCUAAACAGACUUGUCAUCGAUUUAUACACCAUUCCAUCACUUGCAUUCGCAUUACUGGCAUUCAUAAAUUAUUCUAAAUUAUUUCAAAGUAAUGUUCAUCAAAUAAACCAUGGAUAUAUACAGAACAUAUGUUAAAGUGUUCA